AUGUCGUCGGGCAUUCCGACUACGCCCAACAGCUCGCACCUGCGAUCGGGACUGCCGACACCCUCCUCCAGCGGCGUUGCCCGACGCACUUCGCUCGCAACAGCAUCACGCAUCAGCCCACAGGCGGACAGUCCCGACACACGCUUCAAGAAGCAGACGCUGGCCGAAGCCAUCUCAAAGAACGAUCCAGCAAAGUAUCGUCUCUCGACUGCUUCGCCAGCGUCAGCUGCUUCUCCUGCAGCUCGCAACGAGCCCAGCGAUGCCGACGAUCAGUCACCUCUGCUCACAGCAGGUCGGCUACCCCGCACCUCGCUAUUAUCACGCAAGUCACACUCGUCCCUCCGAUCCGAGACGCCUCCGACCAGAGCGACACCUCUUGCCAACGCAUCCCCUGUCUCCGCGAGCCCAGUCAAAGCACCCGUCGCCAGCACAUCUCGCACAGCAGCCACUCCAAAGAGAUACUCAGACGUCCAUGCACGCAGCACCGCCACUCCGUCAGCUAUGAGCAGGACGCCGUCUCACUCCUCAUCCACCGCGGCUUCUCGCGCAAGGGAACACAUCAGACGCGGAAGAGAGCUCGAGAUCGGCGACCUGGUCUACAUGGAAGGAUCCGAGCUCGUCGGUGUCCUUCGUCAUCUCGGUACCGUGGACUUCAAGCCUGGCUUCUACGCCGGUCUCGAGCUCACCGGUGACAGUGUUGGCAAAGGAAAGAACGACGGUAGUGUUCAAGGGACGCAGUACUUUGCUUGUGCGCCAGGCAACGGCGUCUUCUGUCCGGCUAGCAAGGUCAUUGCCAUCAACGAUGCACCUCCCACCGAUGCUGUCGCUCGUCCCGCCUCGUCCAUGUCCAAUCGACCCUCCUCUCGUGCCUCGGAUCUACCAGACCGUUCAGGGGCAGUGACACCGUCAAGAAGAAGAGUCAGCGCCAUUGCGCGUCCACCCUCUGCGACACCGUCACGCGCUUCCUCUCGCCUCGGUGUACGUCCUCCUUCUGUCACUCCAGGCAGCAGACCCGCUUCCUCGCUUUCCACCUCGCGCCCAGCCAGCCGUCUCACCGCCCGCAAGAGUUUGGCGCCUACUCCCUCCGCUCGCGAUGAUUCGGAAAAGACCGCGCAGACCAGUCCCAUCCGCAGUGCCGCGCCACCUACCACGCCCUCCUUGGCAGCUCGGACUCCUCGGUCCUCGCUCGCUGGUGUACGUGCAGCCUCGAGCGUGCUCCCGAGCACACCCGGUCUCGCAAAGAAGCGUCAGAGUCUCGGCGGCAUCCCUACUCCUCGAGCAACAAAGGGUCGGACAUCCAUGUUUGCUCGUCCAGGCGGACUUCCAACCACAUCGGACGCGAGCAUGCCACCGCCUCCCAGCCCGAGCAAAGAGCCACGCCCAGAGCGAGCAUCCAGUGUGCUUUCCUUCCGCUCCAACAGCCGACUUGGUCGCGAUCCUUCCGACAUUGAAAGCUCGCCUGUUGCCAAGCAAGAGGCCACCUCCACCACUGACUCCAAUCUCGAGAAGAAUCGCAUGCUCUUCGAUCUCAUGGACCUCACGCCGCGCAAAUCAGCUCAGCUGGCUUCUCGCUCGCAGUCUCGAGCAGAGAGUCGCGCAGGUACCUACGAUGGUGCUGCCGGCCUGGGCGAUCUGACACAAGACUCUGUCGCCGAGGCUGUGGUGCCUCUGUCGCUCUACGAAGAGCAGGUGGCCGAGUUCGAACAGCUCCGAGUGCAGCUGCAAGAGCUAGAGAAGCAGAACGCAGAGCUACGUCGUGCCCAAGAAGCACGGAAGGCUCGCAUGUCAGAGGCGCGCUCCAACGAAGCUGUCCUCGAGGCCGAACGGGCUAAGAUGCGAGCCGAAGCACGCGACAGGCAAGCCGAGAUGGAGGAGGAGCGUCGUGUCGAGCGCGACGACGAGGUCCGACGACGCAAAGAGAUUGAAGAGCGCGAGAAGGAUCUCAAGCUCCAGCUCAGCAAGAGCAGCGACGACUACGAACGACAGCAAAAGGAGGCAGAGAGCCGUCAGAAGGGGCUUCAGCUAAAGCUCGAAGCCAGCGAGCAGCUCGUCGCCGAGAUGAAGAGUCGCAUCGAACAGCAGUCAGCAUUGGAGCAGCAAGGCGAGACAAAAGAGGCGCUCGAAACGCAGCUCAAGCUCAAAGACGCCGAGAUCGACAGCCUCAAGGCGUCCGUCAAGCGCAUCGAGGACGAGGCACAAACAGCUCGAGAUGGCCUGGUUCGUCAAAUCGACGAGCUCAAAGAUGCAGGCCGCGAGACCAUCAGUCUUUAUGAACAGAGGAUCGAGGAGAUUGACGGCGAGAGGAUCCAGGUGUUGGACAACAUGCAGUUGCUCCAAGACAAGGCGCAAGAAGCCAUCCGAGCGGCGGAAGCUCGUGUCGAGGAGUUGCAGGCCGCGCGUGCUUCAUCGCAGAAUGGCAGCGGCCCCGAGGCCGGCUCCGCUGCAGCAAUCGACAACGAGGCUCUGCGCGAGCAGGUCGCUCAUCUGCAGGACAAGCUCGGCAAAUACGAGGACCAAAUCGCAGAAGGCGUGUUGGCGCUCGAGAAGGAGAAGGAGUAUGCCCAGAAGAGGCGCGACAAGUCGCACGAGGUCGAAACCAGCUUGAAGAACGAGCUCAAGCGCAUGAAGACCGAGCUGGAUCGCGCAACAAGGGCCGGCAAGGAGCAGCUCGUGCUUCUCCAGGAGACUCGACAUGCUCUGCAAGAGAGCCAGCAGGCGUUGGAACGCGAACGAGCCGAGCUCGAGGGUCUGCGUGCCGACGCCGAGAACUUCAACGCGCUCAAGAGUGGCCACGAGGGCAGCUCCGCCACGGCGGCUCAAGCACAGUGGCGCAGCGAGAAGCAGGAGCUGGAAGCCAGGCUCGAAGCCAAGGAUGUCGAGCUCCGCUCGCUGCGGCUUCGUGUCGAUUCGAGCAAGGAGCUGUCCGCCUUGGAAGCCUCUCUUCGCUCGCCCAUGGACAACUCACCUGGGCAGACGGACGGGCACCGCCUGUCCAUUGCCUCGAACGCCAGUACGGGCAGCAACCUCAAGUCCUCGCAACGCAUCUCGUCAAACGGCACCUAUGCUGCCAGCGACGUCUCGAACGUCUCCUCGGCCAACCAGAUGUCUGGGCUCAGCUAUCUGGUGCGUCAGCUGGGCGAAGAGAACAACGAGAUGAAGACCAAGCACAAGCUGCUCGAGUCUCAACUCAAAGCUCGCGCACAAGAAGCCGAGACCAAGUGUCGCGCCCUAGAGCUGACCGUCGAAUCGCUUCGAAGCCGGCUCGAGGCACACGAAGGUGUCGAGGGUGCUGCCGACACUUCGGAUCUGGCCGAGAAGCUCGCUGACAGUGAGGCACGUCUGCAGAGCAGCGAGAGUACGCUGGCGCAUCUCAAGUCGACGCUCGAGGCGACCAAGAUGGAGAGACGCGAUACGGCCGACUCGUUGCAGAAGGAGGUCUCGCAGCUGGAAGCGCUGGUGGAAGCGCGUGUCUUCCGAGAGGAGGGGCUAGUGGCUCAGGUGGAACGCCUCUCGAAGAAGCUGGACGAGCGCAGUCCGAUUCGCAGUAGCAACAAGGCCAGGCCUGAGGCGACGCUUGGGACGGAGAGCAAGUCGUCGGCGGCGCUGAGUGCGGUGACGGGGCCGAGCAAAGGUAUUGUCAGCGCUGCCACGAGCGGAUUGUUGGCGAGGCAGACCGCGGAAGAGGAGGACGAGGAGCUGGAUUUCUGCGGACUGUGUUCGCAGCGCGGCCACACGCUAGACAAGUGCGAAAAGCUGAUGGAACGUACGAGCUCGAUCGCAUCGUCCAAGGCGAGCGCUGGCAGUGCACCGGUAGCGCAGGGAGAGCAGGAGCCUUGCGAUGACUGCGGCGAGGUGGGACACCGCUUUGAAGACUGUCCGUACGCUGCUGAGAUCUUCUAG